AUGUCAUCAAUACUAACAAAUCCAUUAUAUCGUCCAUUACUUGAAAUUAUAAGAUCAGCAAGAAAUGGUAUAGUAUAUGGAGGUAAAAUAAGAUUUUCUCAUGCAUUAGUUAUAAAUUUAUUAUAUAGAUCAGGUCCAUUAGGUCCAAGAUUUAAAUCAGUUUUAGAAGCAACAAAAAAUCAUGCAGAAGUUUUAGCAUCAUUUGCAAUAAUAUAUAAAAUAACAGUACAAAUAUUACAAAAUGAUGCAUUUUUAGGUUCAAAAAAUUUACAAUUUAUAAAAUUUAUUUCAGGAUGUAUUGGAUCAUGGAUUGUUUAUUCUGGACAUUUUAAUUUUUUUCAUAGUGGUAUAACUCAUCAAAUUACUUUAUAUUGUUUUUCAAGAGUUAUUAUAGCAUUAGGUAAAAUAUUUUUAGAUAAAUUUUUAAAUUGUUAUCAACCAAAUUUUAUGAAUUAUUCAGGAGAAUUUAUAAGUUAUAAAAAUUUAAAUUCAAAUCAACAAAAAAAAUUAAAAAAUAUGAUUUAUAAUAAACUGUGGAAAUAUUUUGCUAUAUUAGUAUGGGGUUUAGUUAUGUUUAUUUAUGAUUAUCAACCACAAUAUUUACAAAGUUCUUUAAGACAUUCAAUGGCUUAUAUAUAUGAUGUUGAAAUGGAUUCUUGGAAUAAUUGGAGAGAAUUUUUAGGAAUUUAA